AUGCAGCGACAGCGGCAGCGCCUGUUGCUGACGGUAGAGUUGGUCUGUCGGAGGAAGGGGCUGGAUCGACCGCUUCUGAAGUCCAUCAUCUUCCGAUUCCUGGAUACCUUCCCGCGGCUGGUGGUGGCAGGGUCUCUGGAUGGGGACGUGCUGCUGACACGCCUUGGCCGCCUGAGUGCCGGCAGUUCGCUCGCCGGCCAGCAGAUCCGUCUGUCCCAUUCUCCUGGACAGGCAGUACACUCUGUCGUGGUUGCGAAGGUGGGACCUGGCGGUGAGAGGACCCUCGCGACAGGCAGUGCGGACGGCUCUGUCCGACUUUUCGCAGAGGACGGCUCGCUGCUUCUCAGCUUCCAGGCGUACCCGGAGCAGCCGGUGCUGUCCUUGCAGCUGGGACGUGUGGGAGCCGCAGAGCGAACCUUAUUGGCCACGGCCACCGGCGGCGCCGUUGCCAGAGAGGAGGGCGAGCUGUUCGAUGCGGCCCACCUCUGGGAGUUCGAAGACCAUCGAAAGGUGCCGCGAGCCGCCUGUGCCCUCCAACACGGCCUGGGCGUGAAUGGCAUUGCCAUGUCUGUCAGCAAGCAGCGCCUGGCCACGGCAUGCGACGACCGCAGUGCCGCGAUCUUCGACUUUAGUGGGCGGCGUCUGGUGACCUGUCGCGGACACCUCUCUUUCGUCUGGGAGGUCGCUCUGUCACCCAAUGCCGACUUCCUGGCAACGGCUUGCGAGGAUGGGCAGGCGCGGCUCUUCGACGGCCUCGGCCAGCUCCUGCGGGUCUUCGCCGGGCAGGGCAGCUGUGUUGAGGUGAUACUCGACCAAGAUGCGCGGAUGCUGGUGGCCACAGCGGGAAACUGCAUGCACAUCUGGAGCUGGGCACGCGGAGCCCCGCUCGUCGCGCGCCACAGCUCCGCUGUGCACUGCGCGGCUGCAGUGCUGAGCCCCUUGGGUUUGCCAGGAAUUCCAGGAGCCCUUGCCACAAAGCCCAAGACUGCGAAGCUGGCAGGUUGUGGGUGCAUUCUUUGCGGCACAGAUGAAGGCGAUAUCGUCGAGUGGAGCAGCACGCCGACCCUGGUCGAGGAGGGCAGAAUAUCUGCCUUCCGCUCCGCGGCCGUGACCCUGGCGGUGGGCU